AUGGACAAGAUAGAGAGGAUUCUCUCUCGGCCUGUUGCUAAACCCUACCGCUCUGGCAAGAUCGAUCCCUCCAUCAAGCCAUUUCUCAAUCAGUACGGCCACCUUGAUUUCGCCCCUGGAGAUAUCGAGAAUCCCAAAGAAUGGUCGACGAGGCGUCGAUGGUAUUGUACGGUAGUGGCCGUCAUUCUCGUCUGCAACGCCACGUUCGCGUCCUCGAGUCCGUCGGGCUGUCUUCGCAGCAUCUCUGAGCAGUUCCGUGUUUCCGAAGUCGCCGCUGGUCUCGUCAUCACCCUCUUCCUGCUGGGAUAUGUGGCCGGCCCUCUCCUCUUUGCGCCUCUAUCCGAGUUUUAUGGCCGACGCUAUGUCUUCUACGCGACUUUCACCCUCUACAAUGCUUUCAACUUCCUGUGCGCAUUCGCACCGAACUUCGGAUCACUGCUUGUGGGACGGCUCCUGACCGGAACCUUUGCCAGUGCUCCUUUGACAAAUGCGCCCGGAGUUCUGGCAGACGUAUGGGGACCCGUCGAGCGAGGGAAUGCCAUGGCCAUCUUUUCCAUGAUGACCUUUAUUGGUCCUGCCAUCGGGCCCGUCAUCAGCGGAUUCCUCGAGCUUAAGGAGGAUUGGAGAUGGGCAUUCUAUGUGCUCCUGUGGCUGGGAGGAGUGACGGAGCUGCUGAUGUUCACCAUCCCGGAGACACUGCCGUCGGUGGUUCUGAUCAACAAAGCACGCCGACUGCGAGCCACAGGAGUACCUGAGUACCAGGAUAUCCGGGCACCUGCUGAAGCUGAAGGACGCGAUCUGGGCGCCAUGUUCAAAGUCGCCCUUCUUCGACCCUGGCAGAUCCUGUUCGAUCCCAUUUCGUUCCUGGUUGCCAUCUACCUCUCCAUCGUCUAUCUGCUGCUCUACAUGUUGUUCACCAUCUACCCGAUCGUGUUCCAGGAAAAGCGAGGCUGGAAUUCUGGUGUUGGCGAGCUUCCACUGAUCGGGACCGUCAUCGGAGCAUGCAUCGGCGGGGCAAUCAUAUUCUACAAGUCACACCGCGAAAGGAAGAAAGUGGAAGCCGGCCUCCCCCAGAAGCCCGAGGACAGACUGCCGCUCGCCAUGCUGGGCGGCGUCUCCUUCGCAAUCACCAUGUUUUGGUUUGCCUGGACGGCCAACUUCAACAGCAUCCACUGGUUCGUGCCCACCCUGGCGGGCACGUUCCUGGCCACAUCAAUCAUGAUCAUCUUUGUCUCCUACCUCAACUACCUCACCGACACGUACCUGAUGUACACGGCCAGCGCCAUGGCCGCGAAUACUAUCUGCCGUUCCGCGUGCGGCGCAGCGGCUCCUCUGUUCACGAACCAAAUGUUCAGCGCCCUAGGUGUUGGAGGCGGCGGCUCGCUGAUCGGGGGUGUUGCCUGUCUUUUGGCCCCAAUCCCAUUCGUCUUUUACAAGUACGGCGAGCGGAUCCGCGUGCGAAGUCGCUUCGCGCCAACCGACCAGCCCGCACCGAGCGACGAAGAGAAACAGGCCCAUUCGAGCCACGCCGUGGCCGACAGCCGCUCAAUUUCGAGCUCGAGCUCGAGCUCGACAGAAUUGGAUACCGAGACUUCAUCUCGUUUCGGACCCGAGGUGCCGGAGGUAGUGGAGAAGAAGGCGACCCCCGACGAACCACGCCAUGAUUUGGCCGAGGGCAUCGGCGGGGAGAAGGAAUUCACUUGA